GAAAAAUAAAAAAUAGCAAAAAAAAAAAAUGAAAAAUUAUUUUUAAUCUUACAACUGGUUAACGAAGCAUUGCCAAAUGCCAGCAAAUAAAGCCGAGAAGCUUUUGAAGUUGUGUGCGUGUGUGUGUGCGUAGGCAAAUUCGGCGCCUUAUUUUAUUGUUUUUGCGAGUGCUUCUACUAUUUUAUCAAUUCAAGCUGCGUUAUAUUUUUUCACUGCUUGUGACUUAAUUAACGCUCUGCGAUUUGCAUAUGCAAAAUUAUGCGUAAUUUCUGGCAAUUAAGCAUUCUAAAUUACAAAAUUUGCUAAUUAUAAAAAUCAUAAAAAAUAGAGUAAAUUAUUAUGUAACUAGAUAAUUAUGGUGAAUGAAAAUACAGAAAGUAUCGCUAAGUGAUUGUGCGUGUUUCUGUAAUUGCACAAAAAUAUAAAAAGCAUUCAUUUGUUGUACAAACCUAGAUUAUUGCAGCUCAACUUCUCAAAGUGGGCAACGCUGGAUGGACGCGGUCAUGUGAAGUAACUUACACACACACAUACAAACAAACAAUUGUGACAUUGCAGCAGAAAAUUAAUAAACACAACAACAAUAAGAGCAAUUCCACCAAGAACAGCAUGCAGCACAUGGCUGCGCUGGAAAAAGUUGAACGAUGCCACAUAUUGUUGCAAUUGUUGUAGAAUGUGGAAUCUGGAAUAAAAAUGCACGCAUAAAUUACCGCGACAACGGCAGACUAGGAAAAAAAGAGCAAUAAAUUUGUACGCUGGAAUUCGCAGCGACUACCAAAUUGAGCGAACUGACCAGCAUGUAAAAAAGAUAAAGUAAAAAGCAACAACAAUACAUUAAAGUGCAUUGCCAACCCCGAUAUAGCCGCAAGUUGCCACGCAUUUAGCAUUGGAAUGCUAGUCGUUUGCGUCAGCAGCUGUUGCUCUUGCGUUUGUUGUUGUUGUGGCAGUGACUUUUCUGCAGUGCGGCAGUUAAGGUGCGUGGCGCGCAUUCGCCAUUGACCGGAAAAUCAACGUCAACAUUAUUGACAUGCGCAACAUUUAAUGGCAGCCCUGCAAGCAAACGCCAGCACACACACACAUACAUACAUACAUAUGUGUAACGUCAGCUGCCGGUAGACGUGGCUGAGAGCGUGUCUUUUAGCCAGCCUGGGAACCAGCGUUAAGUGCGCUAUGCUGCCCGGAACAAAAGUCACAGCCAUAAGCUACGCAAGACGCAUGAAAAUAAAGCAAAGCAGCAAGCAAUAACAACAAACAGCGGAGAAAUAAAAAACAAAUUGUAAACUUGUAUGUUUGGAAAUCGAAUUGUAAAAUCAGCAGUUAAGUGUGUCGGCGCGCCUCCCCCACAUCAACACAACCGCCUUCGCCGCGAUGGAGGAGGAUGUCUUAAAUGCGCUGCAGACGCGCACGGCCUAUUUGCCCGGCGGCUACGAUCGCGCCGGCAAAAUUAUCGUCGUUGUUAACAUCAUCAAUGAUUUACAAUUGUGGAAUCGCCGUUGCUUGGAGCUAUCGAUUACCUACUUAAAAAGUGCGUUGAGCGCCGCCACCUUGCAGCGCGGCGUCACCGUCAUCGUGGACGCACAGAAGAGCACGACACGCAUCACACGCACGCAUGCGCGCAUCAUUUACGCACUCUUCGAUGAGAUCACAGUCAAUUUAUUUCUAGUCAGAGCGGAGGGCUUCUGGGAGAAGCAUGUGGACACCUGCACGAACAAAUCGCAGGCGAAGGGCGAGCCCAUUGUGCUCUCGAAGGCGCGUUUGAUAAAAUACUUCGACCUGUCGCAGUUGCCAGAGGAGCUGGGCGGCACUUUGUCAUUUAACUAUGAUUUAUGGCUGCAACAAAGAAAGGCCAUUGAUGAGUUCCAAAAGACUUUCGAUUCGACGCUUAGUAGCAUGGAGAAUCUGCACGUGGUGCUGCUGAAUAAUAAAUCAUUGCGGCCAACGGAAGCGGAUGUUGAGUUGAAGAAGUGUGCACAGCUGCAUACGAGCGUACAACAACAAAUCGAAGUGGUCAUCGAGUUGGGUAAUCGCGUGUUGAAUCGGCUAUCGGAAGCUUAUGCGCCGCCCAGAGUGGCAACAAUGCCGCAAAUAUCCGCCACAACCAACGUCUUAACGCCCGCUAUCAACAGCACCGCAACAAUAUCCUGCCAUGAAGCCCAUAGCCACAACAGUAUACAAACACAAACAAACUUCAAUUGCGCCACAGUCAACACACCCGCCACACGCUUGCCGCUGCCGCCGGAUCUGCAAUACGCACGCGCACGCAUUGAACUGCUGUUGAAUCAAAUUGAACGCAAACAAACGGAAAUACGCACCGCGUGGCUAGAACUCUUACAGAGCAUACGCGAGGCACGCGAACUCACACAUCUGGAAGAGGGUGUCGCCUUCGUCACGAACUGGAUACUACAGACUGCCGAACAGAUGCUCAGCCGACAGUAUAGCAUCGGCGGCGAUGUGCACAGCUGUGAGACGCUGCGCGCCGCACACGAUGUGCUCGAACUGGAAUGCCGCGAAACAUAUGGCUUCUAUGCGGAAUUGUUGUAUAAAAUCGACGCGUUCGCUGGGGUGAAGGACUCGCACGCCUAUAAGGAUCUGAUGUCACAAUGUGAUUUUAUGCAAUUUGUGUGUCGCUCAUUUGCCACACGCUUGGAGCGGCGUCGGAAUGUGUUGAUCACAUCGUUGCGGUUUUUUCGACUCGUCAGCGAAUAUUUCGAUCGAACCACUGCGGUUUUCGAAACACUAGUCAUGGGUAAUAAAAUAGCCGAGGAGAAUUUUGUGACGGCGGCGGAGACUUUGCAGCAGCUGAAGGAGAGUCAACUGAGCUUGGGCAAGCUGGAACGCGAACUCGUUAAGGAGGGCGAAAAGCUCAGCGAUAUGCUGGCGAUGCCGGUGAAAGAUGCGCUUGGCCGUGACCUACACAUCGACUACAGCGAAGAUAUCGGCAAUGUGCGCGAUAUUUUGGACACGACGUUGGCGCGCCGCAACAUCUUCGGCGACAGCGUUGAACUGCAGAAACUCACCUUGGAACAAGUGACACACAUUUACACAUACGAAGCGGAUGGCCGUAUGGCCAUUAAAUGGAUGGAGGAUUUGUACAAUGUCAUGAUCAAGUGCCAUUCGCACGUCGGCUGUAAUAUACACGAGAUACAGGUGCAGAAGGAUGAAUUGCAGACAUUUCAAGAAACUGGAAAGAGCAUCUACAACUAUGGCUGUCAACUGCUGGAAGCUUCACAGGCGCUGCGCAUUUCCUGUCGCCUCGAUGCCGAGGCAAUACCACAACGCAUGUCACAGCAAUUGCAGCACACUUGGCACCGAUUGCAGGCCAUAAGUCAGGAACAUAUGACACGUUUGCGCGUCUCGGCCGUCUUCCAUCGCAGCGUCGAGGAGUACUGCCAACAGCUGCAGGAGCUGCGCUUAUCGGUGCGCAAUCUGAAGCAGACGCCGAACAGCAGCAGCGGCAUCAGCAGCGAAUCUGACACACGCGCAUCGCCGCCAAUCAUCAUCGGCGGUAGGGAAACAGUAGACGAGACGGUAGAAAGAAGUAGCCACGAUGGCGCAGAAGAAGAGGGAACUACACAGAGCAUUGCUGGCUAUGCGAACAAGGCGACUACGACGAAUGUCGCGACAACGACGACGACGAAGGGGGGCGCAAGCGGUGCAGCGGCGCUGCUGCGUGAUCAGCUGCGUAAACAUUUGGUGGUGCGCGAACAGCUGCUGCUCGAAGUGGGUCGCAUGGUGCGGUUGGGCCGACUGUUGAAAACCCGUUUGAAAGAACCAUUCGUCUUGGAUGCCGUUACGGGAAUGAGCAUUACAGUUGAUGAACUGGCAACGGAUGCUUCCAGUUCGGCCGGUGAUACACAAACACAGUCGUCGUCCAGUCCAGUUGGCACGGUCGAUAGCGCCAGCACCGCCGAUUCCAAUACUAUUGUUAUAAAGCCGACGGGGAAUAAUGAUAUUGCUUGUGCAGCGAUCUCGCAUAAGUUGCAGGAGAUCGCUGAGGUAGCAGAAUCGCUUGAUGCUGCGAUACGCGACGUGCAACAGGAUGCGGAAGCGUUGGAGGUGAAUGCGACAAGCACUGCUGAGAAGAAGCGCGAGGCUAUGCGGAGUUACAGUAGUGAGGACUGGCACUCACGCUCCACCGAAGAUGAUUCCUUCGUUACCGCAUCCGAGGGCAAUUUCACGCCACACUCGCAUUCGUCGUCAUACCAAACGGCGUCCGGACGCACUUCCUCGUUCAUUAGUUGCGAUAAAAGCUCAUUUGAUGUGAGCGAAGCCGAUGACUCCACCUUCGCAUCGACAUUUGAAAUACCCGCGGACAUUAAUAUGUCGUACGAUGGCACUGAACAUAGUUUUGUAUCUGCACAACAGCAAGACUCCACACCCUCACCGCAACAACAAGAGCUACACCAACAACAAAACGCAAAUGAUUCAUCAAGUGUUGGAGGCGCAUAUGCUUUACCACCCACCAGCGACGACGGCGACGGCAGCAGCAUCGCUGACAUUGAAGACUUGCACAGCCAAAGCGUGACACCGACACCGGGUGAUGGCGAUGUAGAGCACUAUAACUACCAAAGCAUACCCAUCGAGUCGGAGUCCGACUUGGAGUCAAGCUGUAUAGCAGAUUCGCCAUCGCUGCAGGUGCUAACGGAGGAGGUGCCGGUCACAUCGGUGACACCGGAGAGCCCGGACAAAUUAUAUAUUAAGGUUGUUGAAUUAGAGCCAAAGAUCACAACAUUAGGCACGAAUCUCGAUGAGUCCAUACGCUUGCAGAAGGAUCACGAUGAGACUCUUAGGAAUAUACAGAACCUACCCGGCCCGAUGGACGAAUUCGUACAGAAGGCAGACAAAUUACUCGCCAGCAAGCGUAUCAGUUCCGAACUAGUCAACGCCAUGGCCGAUACGCUGAACAUCAUUUGGCAAGAUAUUUUGCAUUUACUGCACGACCGCCAACACAUACUCCACCUCGCCACACAGCUGCAAGAGAAGAUGGCACAGUGUCAGCGUCGCAUGGACCAACUGGAGGUCGCUUGCAUCGACACAAUGCUGCCGAUAGAAGUGACGGCCGUGCAAGAGUUCCUCAACAAGUUCAAACAGUUACGCAUCGACAUGCUCACGGCGGUGAUGGCGGCGCUAAAAGAUGGCAACGAACUGCUCGCACAGCUGAAGGAACUUGUAAAUCUGGAAACAUUAGACACACGACCCGAGCAUAUCAAGCGUGAUGCCGCACGCGCCGUUCACCAAGUUCAGUUGUGGUUGGAGGCCCUACACGAUCGCCGCAAUGCUUUGGAGUCAGCGUGGCAAACGCGUAAAGUACAAUUGGAACACUGUCUCACAUUGGCGUUGCUCGGACGCGAGUUGGACGAAGUGGAAGCGACCUUACGGCAGCAACGCAGCGAAGUCGACAAUCUCUUCAGUUUGGGUGAGUGCGAACACACGGCAAAUAACGCGCUGCACAACUAUCGUGAAUGGAAACAGCAAGCUUUGCUGCUGCGUGAUCGUGCGUUGAAGAUCACACGCGCCAAAGAAAAACUACAAGCCUCCGGUACUUUUACUGGCGAUGAGGCUUGUGCGCGCGCUUAUAAUGUGCUGAGCUCUUGUACGGAACACCUGGACUUGGUGGAUCAACGCGAACACUGGCUGCAGCAGUCACGUGACUUCUUCGCCAAGGCCGAAAACACAUUGAGUGUGCUCGAGAAACUUGAAGUGGAGUUGGCAAAUGUGCGUCUGCCGCCCAAUACGCCCGAGAGCUUCGCCAUGUAUGCGAAGGUGACGCGUGAUGUGCGCAGUUUUACGGAGGAGCCACUACGCCUCGGCUAUAGCAUAUUAGAUGAGGUCGGCCGCACACAACCCGAGACGCAGGGUGUAAAGCGUGUGCUCGACGAAAUUGAGAAUCGUAAGACGUACAUCGAGAGUAUUUGUUCGACAAGCAAUGAAGACCACCAGCGCGUACAGAAAGCGCUCUCGGACUUUUUAGCGCAAUACAAUGACUUGCUCAACUGGUUGAUGUCUUCGGGACAAUUGUAUUUGCAGCAGCAUGUCGAUAUGGGCAGCACAUUGGAACAGAGUAAACAGUUCCUGUUGCAACACCACGAACUCAUGCAGGAUUUGGAGAUCAAAGGCGAGCUCAUUAACUUGCUGCUUGAGUCAAUUAAAGCGCAUCUAGAGUCAUUGAGUCCGCAACAACGUUACGAUGUCGACUCUAAGGCUGAGGCGCUGCACAAGCAUUGGAUUGAACUGAAGGAUUUGGUGCUGAAACGUGUCGACUGUGUUUCCUUGCUUAUUGAGUUCUUCGAGAAAGCUAAUGAAUUGGCUAGCCAGCUAGAUAAUCUGGAUAAGCAGCUAAAACAAACGGCCGAUGAGCAGAAGCUACAGUUUUUGCAAGAGAACUGGAAGCACAUACGCGCCGAUUAUGCAGAUUUGAAGAGUUUGGGAACACGUUUUAUCAACUUGAAAAUCGUGGAUCCAUAUCUCGAAACGAAAUCCUCAGUGACGGCAGUCGAAGAUAUCCUCAACGGUUUCAGUAAGCGUCAAGUCGAUGUAACAACCAGUCUAGACAAUUGGACAACGCAAAUAGCGGAGAAGCGUGAAGUCGAAAUCAUACUGGAGAAAAUCAUGAGUGACAAUGAGGAGACGGCCACAAAGACAACCCAAGUGGAUACACAACUGUAUCCAGUUUUCACUUCAUCCUCCCUGGAUGCGCGUCAAUUGCACACGAUUACCAGCGAUAAGCUCACACAUGUGCUGCAGGACAUCGACAAGGCGCAGGACGAGCUCCAGCAUCGCAUACACACCACGCUCGGCAUACAAACGAAAAAUCCCGAAUCAUUGCAAAAAAUCGAACAGGUCAUUAGCAAUUUGCGAUCGCUGAAAUCCAAAUUAGAGGGCAUACGCUACGACUACAAAACGCUGCUAGAGAACAUAUUGAAAUUCUUGGCCGAGAUCACCGAACUGCAACGCAACAUCGAUGACUUUUUCGCCAAACAACAGCAACAACACAGCCAGUUGGGCGGUAGCGGUGGUGACGUGGCUGAUAUUGAGCGCACCAUUGCCGAGCAUGAGAAAUUCCGCGAUACUUGUAUGGAUAAAUUUAGAUCGUUAAUCACACAAUCCGAAUUGCUGAUCGAUCGCGUGCGUGCACUGGAACCGCCGGGCGCACGCGAAAUCGACACCGAUCGCAUACUGAAAUUGCUGGAGAAUUUGCGUCUUCAUUUCGAGGCGGGCAAUAGUGAGAGAAUGUCGCGUCUGGAGCGACUCGGCAAGCUGGAACAAUUCAAAAUGGAUCUGUGCGAUAUUAAUCGCAGUCUGGAUAGUGUUAGCAAGCAAUUGCAUGAGAUCAAUGAACAAAGUGUUGACAGUUUGGCGGCGGCAAAGACAACAUCGUUGGCAUUCGAGUAUUUUGAGCGCACCAUUGAGAACUCAAUGCCAACAUUUUUGGUGCCCGUUCGGCAUCAGCUACGUUGGGGUCAUAACAGUAAACCGCUGAAGCUGCUAGAGAAGCGAAUUGACAAGUUUACCGAGACCACCUCGGAACAGUUGUUGAUAACGAAUCCCGAGAGUCAAACAUAUGUGCGCGAAGAACUACAAAAACUCAACGACAAAUGGCGGCACUUUAAAGACCAAGUGAAAAGCAAGCGCAAAUCGCUCGAUCAGGCAACGGAGUUCUUCGAAAAAGUGGAGAAAAUCGAUGCCGAAUACCGAGAAAUCAGCUACUUCUACAACAGCGUCUCUAAUAAGAUCACAUAUUUACGCGAUCCUGUCGAGGCAUCGAAUCUAGUCAAUGAUAUUGAAAAGUACGUAGUGACACGCGAAGGUCCGUUGCUUGAUAAACUCGAACAAGCGGCACAAUGCGUACACGAUUUGAAUAAAGUUUCGACGCUGUACAAUGAUGUACGCGGUAUAUUCCAGGCAUUUAUGAAACUACGCUCUGAUAUUAGUGUGGUACAGGAGCGCCUCAAGAAUGAGGAACGCAUGCGUGAACAACGUGAAAAAGAAGCGCGCGAGCAGGAAGAGCGAGAACGCGCUGCACGCGAGGCCGAAGCUAAAGAGCGCGCUGCGCGUGAAUUAGCUGAACGUGAACGCGUAGCACGAGAAUUAGCUGCACGUGAGCAAGCGCUGCGUGAAGAAGAAGCGCGAUUGCUAGCCAUACGCGAGCAGGCGGCCCGUGAACAAGCCGCGCGUGAGCAAGCAGCACGCGAGGAAGAAGCGCGAUUGCAAGCGCUGCGCGAACAAGCACAACGCGAUGAAGAAGCGCGUCUGCAGGCGCUACGUGAGCAGGCUAGACGUGAGGAAGAGGCAAGACUAGAAGCAUUACGUCAGGAAGAGGCGCGCUUACAAGUGCUGCGCGAGCAAACAAAGCGCGAAGAAGAAGCGCGACUCCAAGCACUACGCGAGCAAGCUGCGCGUGAAGAAGAAGCGCGCUUGCAGGCGCUACGUGAGCAGGCUAGACGCGAGGAGGAGGCGCGACUGGAGACUUUGCGUAAAGAAGAGGCGCGUUUGCAAGCGUUGCGCGAACAAACGAUGCGCGAAGAAGAAGCGCGUAUGCAAGCGUUACGUGAACAAGCUGCGCGCGAAGAAGAAGCGCGCCUCCAGGCUUUGCGCGAGCAAGCGCGACGUGAAGAAGAAAACCGUUUGUUGACGCUACGUGAACAAGCCACACGUGAAGAGGAGGCGCGCUUGCAAGCGCUACGCGAACAAACGAAACGCGACGAGUUUGCGCGCUUGCAAAGUGUACGUGAUCAAAUCGAUCAUCAGCGCAUCGUAACGGAAAAUAUACGUAAGGACAUACAAGUAAAUGAAAUCUUCACGGAAAUCAAAUAUGCAUCGCCACGCUUCAACCGUCAACUGAAAGAUGCAAUCACACGUGAAGGUGACAAAUUCACCUUCGAAUGUGAGGUGGUCGGUAACCCUGAACCAGCCGUUGAGUGGUUCAAAGAUGGCAUAUCCAUACAGAAUAAUCCCGAUUACAAAACCACAUACGAACGCGGUAUUUGUCGUUUGGUGAUCGAAGAGACUUUUACUGCGGACUCGGCGCGUUUCAGUUGUCGCGCCUCGAACUUGGUGGGUAGCAAUGAGACUAGCGCCAAUUUGUCGGUGCGCGAAAAUGCUAUCGAAAUGCAAAUGGUGCCACCUAGAAUUGUACGCUUCCUGCAGAGUGGCAAGGCAACAGAGGGCAGCACUUUUGAAUUUUUAUGCGUCGUCAGUGGCAAUCCUCUACCCACGGUGCAAUGGUAUAAAAACGAUAAAUGUAUUGAUGAUUCACCGGAUUACGUAAUCAAUUACAAUAAUGGUGAGGCCACGCUGCGCUUCGAAGAGGUUUUCUUGGAAGAUGACGCUGUGUACACAUGCAGUGCAUCAAAUCCAGCCGGCAUUGAACACUGUUCGGCGAGUUUAAUUGUGGAACCUCUCGAACCAACAGAAGUACCACACUUCAAAAUCCCGCUCUCCAAUGCCAUGGCGCGAGUUGGACAAAAAAUUAAGCUUGAAGCUCUAAUCGGUGGUAUACCAAGACCGGAUAUUUUCUGGAUGCACAAUGGCAAGCCUUAUGUACCGCGAGAUAGCAAAUACGAGUACGGCCGCGCAACGCUCAUAAUCCCCCAAGCUUAUCCCAACGACGCCGGAGUGUAUGUGUUAACAGCGAAAAAUCUAGCAGGCGAAGCAUAUAGUUCGUGUAACGUCGUCGUCAAAGGACGCCUACCGAACGAGACAUCCGACUCAGAGUUAGCCUCCGAUAUGGAACCGAUUAAGCCCUCGGUACAAUUGCCACUCAAAGAUGUGUCAAUAUUCGAGGGUAAACCAGUGCGUUUGGAUUGUGUGAUUGUCGGUCAACCGGAACCCGAAGUCAUUUGGUAUCACAAUGAGCGACCAGUCAAAGAAUCAGCCGAUGUGCAGUUGCUGUUCCAAGGUGACCGCUGCUCGUUGAUCAUACAAGAAGUGUAUCAAGAGGAUGCGGGCAACUAUAAAGUGGUGGCCAUCAAUUCGGCUGGUGAAGCCGCGAGCAGUUGUGAGCUCAAAGUGACGCCACUAAAUAUUGCCGAACCUGCGACACGCGCACAAACCGAGCGUCAGUCUGUGCCGAAGGAGACACUGCCGAAAUUCGAUAAGUUCCUAACCGAUGUGCUGGCGGACGAAGGCGAAACCGUCGAGAUGGAGGUGAGCGUUAGUGGUGAUCAACCACUCACCGCCAAAUGGUAUCUGGCCAAUAAGGAGUUGAGCGAAAGUGAACGGCUUUCGAUGAGUUCUAAUCCGGCGGUCGGUGCCUUCAAAUUAAUCUUAAAAAAUGUAGUUUCUGACGAUCGCGGCGUGUAUACGGUGAAAGUGUCGAAUAAUGCGGGCGAUGCGAAGUGCUUCUCGCAAUUGAAUGUGAAGAGCGUGAAUGCGCCUGAAAAUCAACGCAAUCAACAAGUGGAACCGGUUGAGAAGUUGACUUGUCCCGAAUUCAAAGAACUCUUCUCGGACAAACAAGCGCACGCCGACGAUAUGGUGAAGUUCGAGUGUAUUGUGAGGGGCAAGCCGACGCCCAAAGUGCAUUGGUGCUUCAACGAACAGCCGGUGCAUGGGCACAACUUCCUCGUAUCCACCAGUGGCAGUAGGCAAGUGCUGACCGUACAAAAGGCCAGCAUUGAUACUGUGGGCAAAAUAAGCUGCAUUGCCGAAAAUGAGAUUGGCAAAGCCACCUGUGCCGCUUAUUUGAAUUUACUCGGUCCAGGCAUGCAGUUGCUGCCUGCCACUAGUGAUCUGCAAACCUCUACACAGGAACACAAUACCGAAUCGUCACGUGUCACCAUCAAGAAGCAGACCUUCACUACCACAUCCACGUCACAAAUUAGCUCAUUCGAAGGUAAUAUGCCGCAAACCGAGAUCCAUCAUUCCUCGGCGCAUAUCGAUCAGUCGCUAAAACAGCUGGGCGCACAACAACCCGAAGUCAUUGAGACACAUCACUACCAGGAGCUGCACAAAAGCAAAGACAUGUCAACGCCAAAUGUGCAACAAAAAUCAUUUACAUUGGUGCAAUCGGCUGGCAAUGGACCGAGUCAGCAGCCAGCUAUAACCGGCACAGCUGGUGUGGCGGUGCCUGAAUCACCAACGCGCCUACGCAAGCAAAUAGCGCCGCGUUUCACCACACCGCUGACGGGUAAGAUUGUCGAUCAGGGCACAGAUGUGGCAAUGGAGGCGAUCUACGACGGUUUCCCCUCACCCGAAAUCAAAGUGGAAAAGAAUGGCGAACAACUGUUCGAGAAUCAACGUUUGAAGAUCGAAAAUCGCUGCAAUCGCGUCAGCAUCGAGCUGAAGCAGGUGGGUGUGGCAGAUGCGGGACGCUAUGCAGUCACCGCCACAAAUACAAUGGGACAAUCAACGAGCACUGCUGAUCUAGUUGUAAAGAAAACCAUUUUCCCGCCUGUCUUUGGGCGGCGCCUGCAGGCGCAAGUCGUUAAACGCGGUGAAAAGAUCAUAAUGGAAGUAGAAGUGACCGGUUUACCGGAACCAACGGUAACUUGGAUGAAAGACGAUAAACCAAUACAAGAAGCGGGCGUGUCGCAGCAUCGUCUGUUAUCGCAGGGCAACUCCUACAAGCUGAUUAUUGAGAAAGGACAAUCCAGUGACUCUGGCAAAUAUAUGGUGAAGGCUACUAAUGCCGGUGGCGAGGCCAAAAGCAUUGCCGAUUGCGCGAUAUUGGAACCAUCACCAGAACGUCUACAGGAGGUUGUCAAGACUAUUGUCUACGAAACGCCAGCUGAACUGAAAACCGAAACCUUCGCUAAAGAGCCACCGUCCUUUGAAACGACACAAACCGAAAUUUCCAACGCAUCCGAUCUGCAUGGCUUAUCUGAGUCGAAAAUAGUAACUGAGCAUCGUUGCACCACCGAGGCAACAAUGCGUCUAGAACACAAACAAGCGUACUUAGAUCUGCCCGCGUUGAGUGAACGCCCGAAGACGCCAACCGUAGCGACCAACAUCGGCACCAACACUGAACUGCCCGAUUGGCAGCACCUGAAAUCGGCAUCGACCAACACCGAUAGCACACGCUCUAAAACGGGCUCCACACAAACACCGCCGCAAGUACCACCCAAACCCUAUACGACAGCUAACAACAUUGCCCCCACCACAACAACCCAGCAAUCACAAUUCCAAUCCACGCUAAGCACAGAAAUCGACGGCGGCUACAAAGGUGUAGGGGAAACGCCGCUGCUGACAUCAGCCACCACAACGACAUCAACUUCCAAGUUCGAGAGCACAACGAGUGAGAAGAAAUCCUCAUCUUUCGAUUUCUUUAAGAAAAUUGAGAGUCUAGGUGGCACGCAGCCUGCGCCACCGGGCGAAAGAUAUCAGAAACAAGAGGUUAAUGUGGUCAACAAACGCACAACACCAUUGACGAUCUCGAGACCGAGCGGUGCCACGGCGCAGUCAGCAACGCUUGAAGACGAUCUCAAAAAUUUGAAUCUUACACCGGGUUCACCACCUGAAAUCUGCUUUAUACCGAAGUUGGACACCGCAAGCGCCAAACCACAAAUGAUUAACGAUCGUAUUAAAAUAUUAGAAGCAUCACAGCAGUCACAAAAAGAGCCACCGACCGGCGGUGUACGCACACUACCGUUAUUGCCCGUCUCACAGACAUUUAAACAUGAGUCCACCAUGUCGAAGGAGGUCAAAGUCGAUUAUGGGCAACCGAUCAUAAGGCCGGCGGCUACACUGCCAGCACCUCAGCAAUUCACACGUUCACCGUCGCCUAAACCAUCCGCGGAGGGUGUAGCCAUGUCAAAAUUGUGGACACCUAGUAAUUUGAGCGGUUACGAGAGCACUACAAGUGAGUUGGAGCAAAAGUAUAAAGCAGAAGAGGAGAGCGAUACGAAAGUGGCGCACCACGAGAUUAGGGUACAAAAAGUGCCAACACCAGCGCCCGAUUUGAGCGCACCCUAUCUGGUGAAAGAGAUCAGUAAAGCGAUUCAUGUACCCACAACGCCGCAGCGUGAGAAAACACCGUUAGAUGAUAUACAUUUGGUACCCGGUUCACCACCAGAGAUUUGUUUUGCACCCAAACCGGAGGUGCGUCGUCAAUCUUUGGUCGAGACAAUGGAGAAAACUUUAGAACAAAAUCUGCAACAAGGCCCCACAAAGGUGUUACCAAUGUCAGUGCCUACACUCACACCAACAACCGCGCUGCAAGCCCCUAAAAUAACCUCCACUUAUAAGCCACCACCGCCAGUAAUACCAACUAAACUGACUGUUGGUCAAACAUAUGAGAGUGAUUACGAAAGCGAUCGUUGGAAGUAUAGUGGCAGUGAAUCGGAUGAAGCCUCAUUCCGACCAGCUGGCAAGAGUGUACCAGAAGGUUUGGUUGGCACACCAAGUGUGCCCACAACUCAUCAUACAUUCAAGACAAGCGGUUAUGCAGCCGAUACUGAAGAUAUUUCCAGUUACCGUAAAAUGGAAUCGACCCAUCAGGAGAGUCGUUCAUUUUACGAAUCAACUUCCAGUUCGAAAUCAACACAUCAGCUGCCGCAAGCGCCAAUGACAUCAGUGUUCAAAACACCACCACAGCAACAACAAUACACGCCACAAUUCACACCAGCUCCAGCACCAGCCGCAGCCCAAACUUUCUACCAACAGCCUCAAUUGGAAAAGCAACCGCCAGCUUCGAUUUAUUAUACCAGCAAGGAAGAGGGCGGUCACGAGAAGCAGGAGUACUCGGACAAGAAUGAGUACAGGCGUGAGGAGAAGGACUAUAAGAGCGUAUCUAGCAUGAGCAGCAGCUACUAUAACGCCUCCAAUAUAAGCAACAUUAGCAAUAUUAGCGCACCUAAAUAUCAAUCAGUGCCUUUGAAGUUACCAACACCGACAGUCACACCCGUACCGGCACAGCGUAAGACACCAGCCGAAUUCAGCGACUACAGCAGUGAAGUCGAGGAACGUUUCCGCUCCGUCUCACGCACACAAGAAUCGGACAACGAGAUCAAGGGCUACCGUGUCGUCUUCCCACCAACGCCAACACCAAAAUCACACCUGACUAAUGGACAUAAAUCACCAGCUGUGGUGGUGACACCAUCGCCCAUGGAUUUCGAGCCCACACCGCCAGCGGUGAGCACUUACCCGCGACAGAAGUUCGAGCCCAUCAAAAAGGAAGUACGACAUGAAAUCAAGACCGAAUCCAAGGAGCAGAAACAAUACUUCCAGCAGCAAAAAACGCAACAGCAACAACAACAGGUAUACAAACCGAAACCAGUGGCCGCCAAGUUUAUCGCUGCCACACAACAGCAACAACAGCAAAAACAGCAGCAACAGCAACAGCCAAGAUAUGAGCCACGCCCACAACCGGCGCUUUACUACAACGCCAUUGCCGGCACACCGCUGCAUAUGGCUAAAAUGGCGACCGAAACUAAAAAUAUUAUGCACAUGAAAGAAUCAUCCGAAACUUGCCAGCGUGUGGUGAAUAUGCAGCAGACCAAGCGCGUCAUACACUUCGACAGCCAGAAGGAACAACAGGAACGUCAAGUGAGCACACCACUCGAGCCGUUCCCCUACAGCCCAUCACCGAGUCGCUACACGCCAACACAACAAAUGCGUGUACCACCGCCACCUACACCGACUAAGUUCGUACCGGGCGAAUUCCGUGAGAGCGAUUAUGAUAGCGAAAUAGAGAAUGCGAAGAUACGUCCUCUGUGGACGCCACAUGGCGAAAAUGGUCCGCUGCGCUUUAGGCAUGUCGAACCGCCACAAAUGGGACGCGCUUGCAGCGUGCCACGCGCCUAUGAACGUGUACUCUCACCAAUGGAGUUCGAUCACGGUCCCGAAAUGCCUUCAAAAAUAAAAAUCGACCCUAACGAAUUGCGUUCACAACGCGGUAGUAGCCUCAGCGCGACCAGUCAGCGUACUCAGUCGCUAAAUCGUCACUCGUCCAUGAAGAGCAGCACUAGCUCCAGCUAUCAGCAGCGUUAUCAGACCUUACAGCCUGAUGCUACGGUUGUCGAGAAACGCUUUCCACGUGACGAUAUGAACUUGAAAGUCGGUUCUCCACCUAAAUACGGUUACAUACAGUCGCAAAUCGAUCAACAAGGCAAGCAGAUGAGUUCGACCUUCUUGCAAAAGUCACAUCAGUUCAUCAGUGACAUCACCAGUGAUAUGCAGCAGAAGAGUAGUAAGACCACGAAAAUAUAUAAUGGCAGCGCUGAACCGAAAGUCAUUACGCACUCCUUCCGACCGGGUUUCAAGCGUGCCCCCAGCGAGGGUGACAACAAGCCGCAAGCAUAUCGUGACGAAUCGCGCGUCUCGCAAUACGAUCAGGGCACACAAACCGAUACGCUGCUAAUUACCGAGGAGACGACAACCAAGCGCGAGCAAAACAGGCAAGAGCGCGGCAAGAGCGAGUGCAAUGAUGAUGGCGCUCGCAGCGCAAACGAACAUUCGCCGUCACCACAACGUGAAAUACUACACAAAAUUCACAAGUCCGCCUCAUUCUCCUCAUCUUCCGGCAACUCAUUAGGCGGCUCCUCACCGCUCGGCUCGGCCACCUCCACCACAUCGCUACACUACUCGCCAAUACGUCCAGCUGCGCGUACACUCAAGAGUGACUCCAGCAGCACUUAUCAAAAGUGGGAAAGUACCGUUGAGUCCAUAAGUUAUGUGUCGCGUAAGACGGUAGCCAUUUCCGAUUAUGGCUCGGAUGUGGAGAGGCCUAGAUCCAACUCGGUUUCAGUCAAUUCACAAACGACCCAAUCGCGUUCGUCAACCACAACACCCGUACCGGGACCGGUACCGGCGGCCAGGCAUACCACUGCAACUACUGCCAUGCCGUCAGCCAGUAACGGGGCUAUGUUCAGUAGCACCAGCACGACCAGCAGCGGCAUCGACAGCAGCAGUUGUGGCUUGGGCACCACCUACAAAGCAACCACGACCACCAGCAGCAGCAGCAGUAGCAGUAACACUUCGUGCAGACGCAUCAAUGGCAAUGGGGGGUUGUUGGGUCAUGCAGCUUCGCCCACAUCAAAGCUGCAUACGUUUUCUAACGGUUCGCCGCUGUCAGUCAAACAGACAGUACAACAUGUUGGCGCAGGCGGUGCCUACACUCCGCCCGCACUGACUCACGUCUACGGUCAAGGCGAUAUUUCACCACCGAUCUUCGAGCAAAUUUUCAAGAAUGCCCGUUUCGCUCAGGGCGGCAAUGCCCUGUUCGAGGGUAAACUCCGUGGCAAUCCAAAGCCAUUCGUUUCUUGGACCCGAAAAGGCGCACCACUUCUCGAGUCGCAAAAGUUUCGUAUGAGCUACAAUGAGGCCACCGGUGAAGUGUCGCUACUGAUUAAUCAAAUCGGACCCGGCGACGAAGGUGAAUACACAUGCACCGCACGCAAUCAAUAUGGUGAGGCCAUAUGCAGUGUUUACAUUCAGCCAGAGGGCGCAGCAAUGCCUGUACUGCAGCCUGUGCAAAAAUUCGAAAAAUCAUUGUAUACCAACGGCUAUUCGUACACUUCCGUCGAGGAGGAGUUCCGUGUCGAUACAUUUGAGUAUCGUUUGUUACGUGAAGUACAAUAUCGUGAGGCUAUUACACGUCGUUCGGCAUACGAGCUGGAUCAAUAUUUGACGCAAGAAUUGGAUCGUACCAUGGGUCCAGCACAUGCGCCACAAAUUAGUCAGAAACCACGCAACUCGAAACUUAUUGAAGGUUCUGAUGCUGUUUUCAGCGCUAAGGUUGGCUCUAAUCCCAAGCCACGCCUAACUUGGUUCCAUAAUGGACAACGUUUGGUAGCAUCGCAAAAAUACGAAACCACUUAUUCCAGUGGUAUAGCAACGUUGCGUGUUAAGAAUGCUACCUACCAGGAUGCUGGUCAUUAUACAUUGCUCGCCGAGAAUACACAGGGUUGUGUAGUCUCUUCGGCCGUUUUGGCUGUCGAACCAGCUGCCGAAACCACACACGAACCGAAGCCGGUCGAUGCGACGGCUGAGCAAUUGGAAGCUGGUAAAGCCUUACCACCUACCUUCGUUAAGGGUUACACUGAUCGCGAGGUUACCGAGGGACGCAUGACACGUUUUGAUUGUCGUGUGACUGGUAAUCCCUAUCCGGAGGUUAUUUGGCUGAUCAAUGGUCGUCCUGUCAAAGAUGAUGUGUCGCAUAAAAUACUUGUCAACGAAUCCGGUAGUCACUCGCUGAUGAUUACCAGUGUUAGCCGUUUGGAUAGUGGCGCAGUACAGUGCUUGGCGCGCAAUAAGGCUGGUGACGUUGCCAUCGAAGCGCAAUUGAAUGUGUUGGAGAAGGAACAAGUUGUCGCACCACAAUUUGUGCAACGCUUCAGCACAAUGACCGUACGUGAAGGUGAACCCAUCACUAUGAGCGCCAACGCCAUUGGUACACCCGUGCCACGCAUUACAUGGCAAAAGGAUGGUGUGCAGAUUAAUUCGACUGCUGAACGUUAUAUCGGUAUUGAUGGUGGCGCUACAUGCUUGGAAAUUCCACGCGUCAAAGCCACCGAUGCCGGCUGGUACCAAUGCACAGCACAAAACAUUGCCGGUUCAUCUGCGAAUCGUGCUAGACUCUAUGUAGAAGUACCCAGAGAACAACCAACGCCUGAGCAAAGACGUCUCAAUUUGCCACGUCCAACGAAAGUCAUCGAACCAGAGCCCGUGCCUGGUCCAGAGAUAAUUUACCUACGUCAUGUAGAACGCGCAAAGCCACACUUGCGCCCUGGUGAGGAAGACCGUGUCUACCCACCACCACAAUUUAUUAUACCAUUGCAAAAUGUGCAACAGGUCGAAGGUAACAGAGUGCAUAUGGAGGCACGCAUCGAACCUGUUGGUGAUCCAACUAUGGUCGUAGAAUGGUACCUGAAUGGGCAACCAUUGGCAGCAAGCUCACGCGCUACCUCUGUAUUUAAGUUUGGUUUCAUAGCGCUUGAUCUUUUAAGCAUUAUGACACACGACUCCGGUGAGUACAUGUGUCGCGUCACCAAUGCGGCCGGUGUUGCCGAAUCCCGUGCAAUUCUCUCUGUCAUUCAGCGUCCCUCUAUCGAGCAAAGCUCUCAGAAUCCAAAUAGUUUGCAAUACAUCAAUCAAUUGGAGGAUUACUCACGCUAUCAGCGUCAGGAGAGCUCUGAGGAACUCAUGAAGCAAGCACCCGUAUUUAUUCGUCCAUUAAGAGAUUUGGGCGAUUUCGAGGAGGGUAAAAAUGUGCACUUUGAAGCUCAAGUUACACCGGUUAAUGAUCCCACCAUGCGUGUCGAAUGGUACAAGGAUGGCCGUCCGAUAACUGCGAGCUCGCGAAUCACUGCAAUCUUCAACUUCGGCUACGUCUCCCUAAACAUCUUGCACCUACGGGCUGAAGAUGCUGGUUCGUAUACAGUGCGUGCAGUUAAUCGUGUGGGCGAAGCCACCAGUACUUCGAACAUCCGUGUGAACAUACGUUCCGAAGUAACCGCCGACUUGGGCAUACCCGAACAACAACGUUAUAUUGAGAAGGUUGAAGAGCUGGAGGACUACAGGAAAUCCCAGCAGCGUCGUCAUGUACAGGAGGUGCCUGAACCAAUUGCGCCACCCCAAUUCAAAAGUCCAAUCCAAAAUCAAUUGGACAUACGUGAGGGCGCACACGCUCACUUUGAGGCACGUCUUGAGCCCAUUGGUGAUGCUACUAUGCGUGUGGAAUGGCUGAAGGAUGGUCAACCGCUUGAAGCUAGCUCACGUAGCACAACCUUCUUCAACUUUGGCUAUGUUGCACUAACCAUUAAGCAACUGACAAUUUAUGAUGCCGGCACUUACACUUGCCGCGCUUACAAUGCCAUCGGUCAAGAUACAACCACCGCACAAUUGACCGUUCUUUCAAAGAAGGAUAUCGUCUCCGAUUCUCAACAUCCCGGUGGUUUGGAGAAGCUACAACACUUGGAGGACUCAGCGCGUUACGGACGCACUGAGGAGGAAGAGACCAAGGUUACACAAAUACCACGCUUCCUUGGUCCAAUGAAGGGCACCAACAAGAUUUUGGAGGGUCAACGAGCUCACUUCGAAGCACGUGUCGAGCCACAAAGCGAUCUUAGCUUGCAAAUUGAAUGGUACCAUAAUGGACGUGCCAUUAGCGCAGCCACACGUAUACAAACCUACCACGACUUCGGUUAUGUGGCUCUAGAUAUCUCACAAGUACGUGCCGAAGAUGCAGGCGUGUACACUGUUGUAGCCAGAAAUAAGUUAGGUGAAGCACAGUUGCAAGGAACAAUGGUAGUAGAAACUCGUUCCAGCAUAGAUACAUCUAGCAUGCACCGCGGUCUUUACGAAAAGACUCAAAACUUAGAAAACAAACCAUUUGUUGAGCCUCAUUAUGACAUCGAAGAGAUCUCCAAGUCGAAGCCAAUCUUUGUGCAACCACUCUCCGAUCACAAACCGAUUCACGAAGGCAAAAAUAUACAUUUGGAAUGCCGUCUAGAGCCAAUGGGUGAUCCCACCAUGCGUGUAGAGUGGUUCCACAAUGGCCGCCCCAUUACCGUAGGCUCACGCUUCCGCACUUACUAUGACUUCGGUUUCGUUGCAUUGGAUAUUGUACAGGCCAUUGCAGCCGACUCAGGCGAGUAUACCUGCCGCGCCACGAAUCAUUUGGGCUCAGCACACACCUCUUCAUGUGUACGUAUUAUUGAUCGGUCGGAUGUUGUGACCGAAACACAAAACGAAAUGUCGUUGGAGCAGAUUCACCAACUCGAAGACUCCACACGUCGUCGCCAUCAUGUCGAAGAAGACAUCACCAUUAUGCAGGCACCACAAUUCACACGUCCGCUACAUAAUAUCGAAACUGUUGAGGGCACGAAUGUACAUUUGGAAUGCCGCUUACAGCCGGUAGGUGAUCCCAGCAUGCGCGUUGAGUGGUUUGUUAAUGGUAAGCCCGUUAAGACUGGUCAUCGUUUCCGUCCAGCAUAUGAGUUUGACUAUGUUGCGCUCGAUUUGCUCGGCUGCUAUGCCGUUGAUUCAGGUGUGUAUACCUGCCAGGCACGUAAUCAGCUUGGUGAAGCCGUUACCUCGUGCUCCGUACGCAUCAUUGCUAAGAGCGAUCUAAUCUUGGAAACACAGAACGAAUCUGGUCUACAGAAGAUUGCUUAUUUGGAGGAUUCCUCACGUUAUCGUCGUAGUGAAUUCGUUGAUGAGAUAGUUAAUGUACGUCCACGUUUCCUUACACACCCCAAGAGUCUGACCAAUACACGUGAGGGUGGGCAUGCUCAUUUCGAAUGUAAAAUCGAACCUGUUACCGAUCCUAACCUGAAGGUUGAGUGGUUUAAGAACGGUCGUCCCAUCACAGUCGGUCAUCGCUUCCGUCCCAUUCAUGAUUUUGGUUAUGUAGCUUUGGACAUUGUUGAUUUGAUUUCUGAGGAUUCUGGUAUUUACACUUGCCGUGCCGUCAAUUUGAUUGGCUCCGAUGAGACGCGUGUAGAAUUACAAUGUCGCAGCAGUGAACAAAUUGUUACUGUUACACAAAAUGAAGCCGGUCUCGAGCAGAUCCAUUAUUUGGAGGAUCGUUCGCGCUAUUCGCGUCGUGAAGAAAUCGAUGAAACUACCAAGCAAGCGCCAGUCUUUACCACUUCUUUGAAGAAUGUCGAAAUUAAGGAAAAUCAGCGCGCACAUUUCGAAUGCCGAUUGAUUCCGGUGUCGGAUCCAACCAUGCGUGUCGAAUGGUAUCACAACAACUUACCAUUGAAAUCUGGCUCGCGCUUUACUGAAACCAACAACUUUGGUUUCGUAGCUUUGGACAUUAUGUCCUGUUUGCCCGAAGAUGCUGGCACUUACACUUGCCGUGCCUUCAAUGCUGUCGGUGAAGCCAUAACCUCAGCUGUUGCUAUUGUUCACACCAAAAAAUCCAUCUACUUGGAAUCACAACAUGAGAGCGCUUUGCCACGCCUACAACAUUUGGAAGAUGGCGCUAAACGUCAACGCAUCAGCGUACAAGAGGAGGUUGUCAACCAGGCACCAGUUUUUACUUUGCCUGUGCGCGAUGUACGCGUCGCCGAAGGUCAAGCCGUACACUUUGAAGCACGCUUGAUACCCGUUGGUGAUCCACACCUGAAGGUUGAAUGGUUGCGUAAUGGACAACCCAUUGAGGCUUCAAAUCGCACCACCACAAUGCACGAUUUCGGUUAUGUUGCAUUCAAUAUGAAGUAUGUGAAUCCAGAAGACUCAGGCACUUACACUUGCCGUGCUGUCAACGAACUCGGGCAGGCUGUUACCUCAGCUUCGCUCAUUGUGCAAUCAAAGACUUCGAUUCAACUAGAAACUCAACAUGAGGCGGCUAUGCAUAAAAUACAUCAACUAGAAGACCACAGUCGGUAUCAACGCCGCGAAGAGGAAGAAUAUGUGGUUAGCCAACCACCACGUUUUGUCACGAAACUAAUUGGCCCGACCAACUUGGUUGAAGGCCAGAGCGCGCACUACGAAUGCCGAAUAGAACCAUAUCCUGAUCCCAACCUUAAAGUGGAAUGGUUCCACAAUGGCAAGGCGUUGAGCACAGGUCAUCGUUUCCGCACCACUUACGACUUUGGUUUCGCCGCUUUGGAUAUCCUUACCGUUUAUGCUGAGGAUAGUGGUGAAUACACCUGCCGUGUUACCAACAACUUGGGCGAAGCUGUCAACUCUAUUAACCUCAAUGUACAGUCGAGGUCAGGCAUCAUUCGUGAAACACAACACGAGGAAGCUUUGCAAAAGAUCCAGCACUUGGAAGAUGAGUCGCGCUAUCAACGAAAGGUCGAAGAAGAUCAAUUCUUGGCCGAACGUCCACAAUUCGGACGCCCAUUACGCAAUGCUAAUGUGAAUGAAGGCACACCCGUACAUCUGGAAGCCACCUUAACACCUGUGAAUGAUCCAACCAUGAAGGUGGAAUGGUAUUGCAAUGGCACGCCCAUUCAAACCGGUCAUCGCUUCAAGACCACAUACGAUUUCGGCUUCGUCGCUUUAGAUAUUUUAUACACACAUGCUGAAGAUACAGGCACUUACAUGUGCAAGGCUAAGAAUGCCGUAGGGGAAGCUGUCACGACUUGUGCUGUAAACGUAACAGCAAAUAAGACAUUGGACCUCGACACUAUGGAUGCCCAGCGUUUGGAGAAGAUUCGCCAACUUGAGAAUUAUGCACCGCCCACUAAAGCCGUAGUGGAAGAGAAGGGUCAAAAACCGAUAUUCUUAACACCGCUCAGCAACUUGGAACAUCUCAAGGAAGGCGAACAUGCUCAUCUGGAGUGUCGUGUCGAACCAAUUAAUGACCCUAACUUGAAGAUUGAAUGGUUCUGCAAUGGCAAACAGUUGCCAACUGGUCACCGCUUUAGAACUACACACGAUUUCGGUUAUGUCGCUUUGGAUAUAUUGUAUGUCUAUGGUGAAGAUACUGGUACCUACAUGUGCAAAGCUACAAAUUUGCUUGGUGAGGCUGUCAACACCUGCAAUGUGCGUAUAUUGAACCGACGCAGCAUGAUUCUGGACACCCAGCAUCCAAUUGCUUUGGAGAAAAUCCAAAAAUUGGAAUCUAAGUCUGCACCGGCACGCACCGAACCUGGUGAUUUGCCUAUCGGCCCACCACACUUCACAGUCGAACUUCGCGGCACCACCGAGAUCUUUGAGGGUCAAACUGCGCACUUUGAGGCACAGGUUGCGCCCGUUCAUGAUCCCAAUUUGCGCAUUGAGUUCUAUCACAAUGGCAAGCCACUGCCAUCGGCUUCACGCUUCCACAUUACUUUCGAUUUCGGUUAUGUUUCUUUGGAUAUUACACACGCAGUCCCAGAAGAUGCUGGUGAAUAUUCCGUCCGUGCUAUCAACAAUUUGGGUCAAUGCGUUUCUUCAACUAGCUUGAAGGUUAACGCACGUGGUACUAUUAUUUCGGAAAGUCAACAUCCUGAAGGUUUGGAGAAGAUUCGUAAACUUGAAUCGAACGCUCCAUUCCAACGUCCCGAAGUAGAAACACCUGGCACCCGUCAACGUCCAGUGUUUACUCAACCACUGCAAAAUAUCGAUCGCAUUAAUGAACAUCAAACUGCACACUUCGAGUGCCGCCUUAUACCGGUUGGCGAUCCAAAUCUAAAGGUGGAAUGGUAUCGCAAUGAGAAGAUCAUUGAGGAUAGCUCACGUAUAACCAAGCAACAUGACUUCGGAUUUGUCUCUCUGGAUAUUUCACAUAUUCGCAAAGAAGAUGAAGGUGUUUACAUGUGUCGCGCUGUCAAUCCAUUGGGUGAAGCAGUCACUACCGCAUCUAUGCGUGUAGUUUCUGAAGCCUCAAUUCAAAUGGAUACCCAACAUCCAGAUAGUAUCAGCCGUAUCCAUCAACUUGAACGCCCAUCCGCACCACGUGCUGAAGAACCAGAACGUGCUUUCGAGAAGCCAAUAUUCACGCAAUUACUUACCGGCCCAUCAGAGUUAUGGGAGGGUCAACAUGCACACUUCGAGGCACGCGUUGUACCAGUUGGUGAUCCAUCACUGAAAUUCGAAUGGUAUAUCAACGGUGUUGAGCUGCAAAUGGGCUCACGUCUACGCACCACACACGAUUUCGGUUUCGUUACACUCGACAUUAACGCAGUGGUGCCUGAGGAUGCUGGUGUAUACAUGUGCCGCGCUUAUAAUGCAGCCGGAGAAGCUGUCUCCUCUACCGCUAUGAAAGUUAAAACCAAAUCUAACAUUGCCGGCGAACCUUUGAUUCCCGAAUCGUGGGAAGCCAUUCGUCUGAAGGAGGCUGCCAUGAACCGUGUACCAGAAAUGUUUGUAGACACAACACCACAACAGGCUCCAGUCUUUACUACACACUUACAGAGUUACGAUAAGCUCUCAGAAGGUCAACAUGUACUGCUCGAAGCUCAAGUUGAGCCACGUGCCGAUCCAAACUUGCGUAUUGAAUGGUUCAAAAAUGGUAUUUCACUUACCACUGGCUCCCGUAUACGCAGUACCUUCGACUUUGGCUUGGUUACACUCUCGGUUAAUGGAUUACGUUCUGAUGACUCUGCCAUUUACACUUGCAAGGCCACCAACCAAAUUGGUGAAGCUGUAUCGACAUGCAGUCUCAAGAUUGAAGAUCGUCAUUGGUUGCAAGGUGAGUCACUACAUCCAGACUCUUUGCCACGCAUUGGAGAAUUGGAAGCACCCAAACCAGGACGCCCUGAGGCACCAGAACCGGUUUACGAAGUGCCUGUGUUUAUCACACAUUUGAAUAAUAUCGAAUGUAAGGAGGGCGAUAAUGUACGUUUCGAAUCGAUGGUCGAGCCCUCUCGUGACCCAACAAUGCAAAUUGAAUGGUCCUACAAUGGACAACCGCUACAAGCUGCCGCUAAAUUUAAGUCAAUUUAUGACUUCGGCUAUUGCGCUUUGGACUUAUCGAACACCUAUCCAGAGAAUAGUGGUGUCUACACGCUCAAAGCAACUAACAGCAAGGGUUCAGCCACUACAUCUGGCACACUCAAGUGCACAGGUGGUAAGACCUUCUACUUGGACACUCAACAUCCACAAGGUGAAGCCGGUUUGGAGGCUGUUAGAGAAACUGAAGAAGAAUUGGCCAAUCGUUAUUCGCGGCAAGUUUCUAAGCCCGAAACCCAAUAUCCAGCACCAGUUUGGACCAAACCAUUGCAAGCUGAGUUCCAUCUCUCAGAGGCACAAGCCUUACAUUUGGAAGGUAAUGUUGAACCUAAGGAAGAUCCCAAUCUCUUCAUUGAAUGGUACUUCAACGGCAAGAUUCUACAACAUGGCUCACGUUUCAAGAUGACUAGUGAAUUCGGUUUCGUCACCAUGGACUUAACUGAGGUCUACGAACGCGAUCAAGGUAUUUACACAUGCAAGGCAUACAACAAGGCUGGCGAAGCCUUCACCACUACCACCAUCUUCUGCACUAGCAAGGAAAGCAUUAUCGAGAAAACACAACAUCCAAAGGGUGCUGAAGGUUUGGAACAAAUUCAAGACUUGGAAGAAUCACUACGUAAGGAUGGCACAAAACCAGAGAAACCAGAAGAAGGUAUGGCACCACGCUUCACCACCGAAUUCAUUGACAUCAAGGAUGUUGGUGAGGGUGAGAUUGCUCACUACGAAGCCAAUCUUGUGCCAACUGGUGACCAAAGUAUGGUCAUUGAAUGGUUCUAUAAUGGUAAAGUUUUGGAGGCUAGUCAUCGUGUGCGCACCAUCUACGCUUUCGGCAUGGUAGCUUUGGAAAUUCUUGGCACCAAGAUCGAAGACUCAGGCACCUACACUUGUCGUGCCACCAAUAAAUAUGGCAGCGCUGAAAUUAGCUGCGUUCUUGAGUGUGUUGAAAAGCCGCGUGGACAGAAACCACGUUUCACCUCACACAUUCAAUCAUUGGAGGGACUCAAGGAUGGACAGUCGGCUCAUUUCGAGUGCACACUCAUACCAGUCAAUGAUCCUGAACUUAAAGUUGAGUGGUAUCACAACGGAAAACUGUUACGCCACUCCAACCGCAUUAAGACCGUAUCCGAUUUCGGUUAUGUUGUUUUGGAUAUUGCUUAUUUGCAAGACCACGACAGUGGUGAGUAUAUGUGCCGCGCCUACAAUAAGUAUGGUGAAGAUUUCACACGCGCUACACUCAACUGCGGCGGUCGUGGUGGCGUCUUCUAUGACAGUUUGCAACCUGAUUCACUGCCAAGAAUUCGUGAACUUGAAUGCCCACAAGGACAACAGGCUGAUACCGGUGCACCAGUGGUCACUGAACCACCUAAAUUUAUUACACAAAUUGCUGAUAUCACAAAACUGGUUGAGGGACAGAGUGCGCACUUUGAAGCACGUCUUACACCGGUCACCGAUCCAGAUCUUAAGGUCGAAUGGUAUUUCAAUGGUAAGAAGUUGCCACAUGGUCAUCGUUUCCGCACCUUCCACGAUUUCGGCAUUGUAAUCUUGGACAUCUUGUAUUGUUACGAAGAAAAUUCCGGUGUAUAUGAAUGCCGCGCCGUCAACAAGUACGGUGAAGAUGUGACACGCGCCACGCUGAAGUGCACUUCCAAGGCCAACUUGAUUCUGGACUCACAACUGCCACGAGGCAUGGAAGGCGGUUUGGAGAAGAUCGCUAACCUCGAAUACAGCAUGGUUCGUACACGCGACGAAACUGUUGAGGAAACCAAGGGCAAAGCACCCGUUUUCACCGUACCACUCGAGAAUAUCGACAAUAUGCGUGAAGGCGAGAAUGCACAUUUCGAGGCACGCGUCACACCCACCGACGAUCCACGCUUGCGCGUUGAAUGGUUCUGGAAUGGACGUCCACUUAAAGCUGGCUCACGUUUCCGCACAUUCUGCGACUUCGGUUUUGUUAUUUUGGAGAUCUCACCUGUUUAUCCCGAGGACUCUGGCGAAUAUUCUUGCCGUGCUAUCAAUGAAUACGGUGAGGCUGUAACCACUGCCACCAUGAAGAUACAAGGCAAACGCAGCAUUAUCAUGGAAUCUCAACUGCCCAAGGGUAUGGAAGGUACUAUUGAUCGUAUUGCCGAACUUGAGGGUCUGGGUGGACGAAGCACAGAAUUCGUGCCUGAAGAUGACAGUGGCAAGCCACCAGAAUUUAUUACAACACCAUUUGAUAUGGUCAUCACCGAAAAUUCGCUGGCACACUUCGAAUGCCGCUUGCAGCCAGUUAAUGAUCCAAGCAUGCGUGUCGAUUGGUUCCACAAUGGUAAAGCUUUGUGGGCUGGUUCGCGCAUCAAGACAAUCAAUGAUUUUGGUUUUGUCAUUUUGGAAAUUGCCGGUUGUUAUCAACGUGAUACCGGUUUGUACACUUGCAAGGCCACCAAUAAACAUGGUGAGGCGACAGUUUCAUGCAAAUUGCAAGUCAAAGGCCGUCAAGGCAUUAUCGUAGAACCGCAAUUGCCUUCGAACUUCCGCACCGGUACUGAAAGCUUACAGAAAUUGGAGGAGAGCAUGCAUAAACGUGAAGAAAUCAUCAUCGAUGAGGAGCAACCAAAUCCACCUAAAUUCAUUGAGGAAAUUAAGGAUAACCUCGAUGUGCCCGAAGGUGGUCCAAUACACUUCGAUUGUCGCGUUGAACCUGUUGGCGAUCCCACCAUGCGCAUUGACUGGUUCUACAAUGGGCGUCCUAUGCCCACUGGCUCUCGUGUACAUCAGCUCAACGAUUUUGGCUUCAUCGCUAUGGAUAUCGACUACAUUUAUAUACGCGAUGCUGGUGAGUACACUUGUCGCGCCACCAACAAAUGGGGCACUGCCACCACCACUGCCAAGGUUACUUGCAAGAGUAAGCAUAGCAUUGUGUAUGAUACACAAUUACCUGAUGGCAUGACGGCUGAGAAGUUGAAGGAACUUGAACGUGGUCGCAUACCCGAUGUACCCAGGAUUGAGGAACCCGAUUUCGGCCCACCAGAAUUCAUUACGGAAAUUCAAAAUGUAACCGCUGAAGAAUCCGAACCCAUGCGCUUCGAGUGCCAAGUGGAACCGAAAACCGAUCCCAAUUUACGUGUGGAAUGGUAUCGCAAUGGCAAGUUGUUGCCCAGUGGUCACCGUUACAGAACCAUUUUCGAUAUGGGUUAUGUGUCACUUGAUAUUCUUUACGUCUACGCUGAAGACUCUGGCGAAUAUGUUUGCCGUGCGGUGAACAAACAUGGCGAGGCGCGCACCAAGGCGACAAUUUCAUGCAAGAAACUACCAACAAUUAUGCUGCAAAACCAAGUGCCACGUGGCAUGAAACCCAAUGAAACACUCACUCAAAUGGAGGCCACCAUUAAGAAAUAUACUUCAGAAGUGCACCUGACUGAAGAUGAUCUCUUCGAUCCGGAUCGCAAGCAACCACCACGCUUCGUUACACAAAUCAAGGAUCAGACCACACUUACCGAAAUGGCAAAAACUAAAUUUGAAUGCCAAUUGGCGCCAGUUGGUGAUCCGAACAUGAAGGUUGAAUGGUUCUUCAACGGCAAGCCAUUGUUGUACAAGAAUCGCUUCCAACCUAUCUACGAUUUCGGUUAUGUGGCCAUGAACUUUGGCUGGGUCUAUCCGGAGGACAGCGGCGAAUAUGUGUGCCGUGCCACCAAUCUCUACGGCAAGGAUGAGACUCGCGCAAUCAUUAAGAUCUCUGGCAAGCCUGGCAUUGUCUACGACUCACAGCUGCCAGCUCAUAUGCAGGAGACAUCUAUACAGCGCAUUCGCGAAAUGGAAGCAUCUUGGCAAGUUGUACCAGAGGAGGUCGAUCCCGAUGCAAAACCACGAACCAAACCAACUUUCGUCAGCAAAUUAGAACCACAAACCGUUGAGGAGGGCGAACCCGCACGUUUCUGUGUACGUGUAACUGGCCAUCCACGUCCCAGAGUUAUGUGGCUCAUCAACGGACACACCGUUGUGCAUGGCUCACGUUACAAGCUAACGAACGAUGGAAUGUUCCAUUUGGAUAUUCCAAAAACACGACAAUACGACACAGGCAAAGUCGAAGUGAUCGCUAGAAAUUCGGUUGGCGAAUCGAUCGCCACCACCGAACUGAAUGUGGUCGAACGUUCAGAUGAUUAUCGCGGUGUAUUAAAGAAUUCACCACGUCCUUGGUAUGACUAUGAGCUAACUGCUUAUCAGAAGGAACGCCAAGAAACCGAGCUGGAGAAGAUAUUCGAUGAGCGCAAACAAUAUUUGGCCGAUCAAGGUAAACCACUAAAGGGUGUUGAACACUUGAAACCCAAACAACUCAAACCCGAAACACCCGAAUGGCAACAAACCGUUAAUGCCAAACGCAGUGAGGAUUACUAUAGUAAAUUGCAAGAAUUAGAAACCGAGCAAUUGCUGAAGGAGACCAAUUUGCGCAAGGAAACUCAUCAAUAUGCGAUACCCGGCGAGAAGGUUGUGCAGAGUUCUGCUGCCAAGGGCAUGGCCAAGUCCUACGAAGAGAAUCUGGAAGAGCAGUCCACAACAACAACCACGGCAGCUGCUAAGAAGAUUGUAAAUAAACCACCAGUUGAACCCGCUGAAUCCUCGGUGCAUGGACGUGAAGUCUUUAUGAAUAAGCAACAACAAACACAGAAGGAAGUUGUUGGCGAUUUGGAGAUUACACGCAAGAUUACUGCUACCGAAACUACGGAAAUGGAGCAUAAGGGCACCGUGCAGGAGCGCGUUGUCAAGGGACCCGUGCAACCCUCGAAACCACCAGUGUUCACCAAGAAGAUACAACCAUGCCGUGUGUUCGAAAACGAGCAGGCUAAAUUUGAGGUGGAAUUCGAUGGCGAACCAAUGCCCACCGUUAAGUGGUACCGUGAAAACUUCCCCAUCAAAAAUUCACCGGAUUUGCAAAUCCACACCUUCAGCGGCAAAUCCAUACUGAUCAUACGCCAAGUGUUCGUCGAGGACUCGGCUGUAUUCUCCUGUAUUGCAGAGAAUCGUGGAGGCACUGCAAAGUGCAGCGCCAAUUUGGUGGUCGAAGAACGUCGUCGUGCCGGCAAGGGUGGCCUAACACCACCUAGCUUUGUGAAUGUGAUUCAAAGCACCACUGUUGCCACUGGACAAUUGGCACGUUUCGACGCCAAGGUAACUGGCUCACGUCCGAUGGAUGUCUACUGGUUGAAGAAUGGGCAAAAGGUACAGCCAAGCAUCAAAUUCAAAAUGCUUGAAGAGGACAAUGUAUACACACUACUCAUUAUUGAACCAUUUGCUGAAGAUUCAGGCCGUUAUGAAUGUGUUGCCGUUAAUGUAGCCGGUGAGGCACGUUGCGAUGCCGAUUGCAUUGUUCAAUCGCCGACUAAGCCAGAUAAGCCCACAACACCGGGCAGCGAGAAACCCCCACAUAUUGUAGAGAAAUUGAAGAGUCAAUCGGUGGAAGAGGGUAGCAAAGUAAUCUUCCGUUGUCGCAUUGAGGGUAAACCCACACCAACAGCACGUUGGUUGCGUGGUGAGAAUAUUGUGAAGCCAUCGCGCUACUUCCAAAUGACACGUCAAGGGGAAUACUAUCAACUGGUGGUCUCUGAAGCCUUCCCUGAGGAUGAGGGCACUUACAAGUGUGUCGCAGAGAAUAAGCUGGGCAGUAUUCAGACCAGCGCUCAAUUGAAGGUGCGUCCAAUUGAGAAUCUCGACGCCCCACCAACCAUUACCGCACUGAAGGAUGUCUCCGUGUCGGAGGGUAUGCCAGCACAAUUCAAGACCACCGUUACCGGUAAAGUGAAGGCGACCAGUGUGCAAUGGUUCCGUGAGGGUUCUCUUAUACCGGAAACUCCUGACUUCCAAAUGAUCUUCGAUGGAAACAGUGCCGUAUUACUUAUUGGAACAACUUAUGAGGAGGACUCAGGCAUAUUCACCGUACGCGUAACCUCAUCAACUGGACAGGUCGAGUCAUCAGCUAAGUUGACUGUUAAAAGUAAGGAUUGAAUUAAUAAGAAAUUUACAAACAAAAAACAAGCAAACGAAAAGCAAAUAUUAUAGUGAACGCAUAUGCAAAAAAAAAAACGUUAACGGACGUAGGCUAAAACGUAAACCGAAAGGAGUUCUUAGCUAAUCCAGAAAAAAAUAUUCAAAUUACAAAAUAAGAACAACAAUAACAAAA